UCAUUACUUUAGAAAUUCAUUGUUUUCACAGUCAAUGAACACCAAAAUAUUAGCAUAGCAUGAUUAAAUUGUCGGGCUGACUACGCCACUUCAUGGCAUAUUUCAAUUAAGUUUGUCCCAAGGCAUAGCUGGAACGAAAAAAUCGCGGGACCCUAAAAGGCGCUGGUCCUGCUGGCAACCUAGUAAUUACAAAUUCUAAUAAUAAUUUACAGAUAAAUUUGUGCAAACUCUACAGGGAACAUCUUUAAAAUUUUUCACAUCCUUCCUGAGCAACAUAGAGCAGGUCUGUGUAAUUAACAACGAAAAAUCAAAGCAAGGAUUAGCAGAAAGUGGGGUACCACAAGGCUCUAACUUAGUACCUUUACUAUAUUCUCUUUACAUAAACGACUUGCCAAAUAGCCUCCAGCACAAACAAGUAACCGUGUUUGCUGAUGACACUAACCUGUCAUGUACAGGAAGGUCUCCAACGGAAAUCGAAUGCACACUGAAUUCAGACUUGCGUCAUAUCAGUAAAUGGUUAGAAGCCAACAAGUUCACACUAAACACUAAGAAAACAAAUGUUAUGUUCAUAGCCUCGAAAAGAAAAAGAAAACAAAAAACUCUGGUUCGAAGAGUUUUGAUCGCAGAGAAACCGCCUACAUACUGUAAGUAGAGAAAAAUCAACAUUGAUUUGGAAUCAGAAAUAGUCCAACGAAAGAACAAAGAAAAUUCUAACAAUGUCGCGAGAGUUUGAAAUCAUGCUCGGUCAGUCCACAAACCUUCUUAAAGGUUUUCAGAAGGACAUCUAUUCCGUGCCUUUCGCAAAUUCAAGCAAACCUGCCCUUUUCCAGCAUGAAGCGGUGAUUAAGAAUCCUGGUGAUAACGCCAAAUGGUCGUACCCAGUCAUCACCCUGCACGAGAACGCCGAAGAUCUUCUUUCUGCCGUACUUCAAGUAAAACUACGACCAAUGAGGAACGAAGAGCAACCCAGCGAAGGAGGCUCACCAUCUUCCUGGCCAUCUGGGGCUCUUAUGCUUGCAGGAAUGGACAAGGUCGCUCGUCAGAAAGCCCUUAAACAUCUGUCCGCCCAACUCGAUGUUGACCUUUCCACUGCAGGUUGGUCCUAUGCUUUGGCUCGAUGUACUCGUAAGGUUGGCAUGGCAACUCACCUGUGCUACGAGAGAGGAAUCUUUGGGAAUCCAGAUCCUGACAGCACAAUCAGACCAGAUGCGUUAGCGGCCCUGAAGAAACUCGAGAAACUGCAAAAGACGUCGACGGAUGUCACAAUGGACGGCGCCAAAGGAUAUCUAGAUUUCUACGAAAACUAUGGUACACACUUCGUGUCAAGCAUCACUGCUGGUGAUUCCAUCUUCCAGGUGUUCGCUUAUGACGCCUCGGCGUUCAAAGAAAUCCAAAAGACCUACAAAACAGACCCAGAAUCCUUCGGUGGCCCACUUUCCUACUCCUUUACAAUUUUCACCGUACCACGAAGUGAUGAUGGAAAGUUUGGUUACACAGCUGCAGCUGGAAAAAUUUGUAUCGCAAGUGAAGAUGAAGAAUUGGUAAAAUCCUUGCAUGACGGUCUUUGGUGCGAUGAAAGUUACUCUGGUACGAACAGCGUCUUGACUCCGUACCAUUAUGGUCGUUCAAAUUACUUAAACACAACUUUCAAGAAAGUUGUUCUAAUUUCAUUCGAGUUGGCUUCCCUCAGCAUUUUCGCCGAGUAUUAUCGGAUGUUGAUUUGGCAUCGGGUCUUCAAAGGAGUUAUGUUUACAAAAUAUGCCAAUGGCUUUGGCGUAGCGCCGUACUUCAGCAACAACUGCCCGUAUGAUUUGAACACCAUCUUCAAAGAUUCAGACCCGAUCGAUGGUGAUGGCCUUCUCUCAACACUUUCAACACCCUCUGUUAACAUCAUGAAAGAGAAGAUUGAUCUCGACGCCUUCGUGGUCAGGUUUCCUGAAGUGGUCAGAGAAUUCGCAAUUUUUGCAAAUGCAAUUCAGUUACCAAAUUCCAAUCACAAGCAAAAGACAUCCAUCAAUGUCCCUGGUUCCUCUCGCGUCACUUUCCUUGGUCACGUCAUUUCCUGCGGUGGAAACAGCCCUUUACCACCAAAUAUCCAAAUCACAGAUUCAGCUUUCAAAGAUAUCGAGGGUCGCCUCUUCUGCGGUGAGUUUUAUGGUGGUCUACGUAUUAGUAAUUCCGAUGAUAGCAAGUCUUGUGUUGUUAUGAAUGGUUUGAUGAUGAAAUAUAAUGAUAGAAAGGUUACCAUAAUUCGUGAUGUCAGAGAAUCUCCUUCAUCAAAAAUUGUGAUGGAAAGACUCACGGAUAUUCAGUUUUCCCUGGUUGUCGCUGAAGCUCGCCUCAACUUUCUCCUCGCCAACUCCACGAAUCACGAUAAGAGUAUCGAGUUAAUGAAGCGUUUCCUCGUGUGGCUUGCUGACGUAACAGGAAGUGAAGACCAACUGCUGGAUUUGAAAGCCAGAGCAAUGUACCUUGCAAAGGUUGCUGGAAGCCCUCAACAAUCUGGAAUCCCUGUUCCAUUACUCCGCUACGAGGCUUACAAAGAUGUCGUGAAAAAUGUCCAGAAUGUCAUCAAAACAGCUUCUGAAAAGUUGCUGAACUUUCAGAGCCAAAUCAGAGCAAGAAUGGCAGAGGAACGAGAGAUCAAACGAGAACAAGCCCUGAACGAAAAUAUCAUCAAGUCUGGUAAAUUGUUACAGGAAUACAUUUCCACCCAAGCAGAUUACCAAAGUAGUUUGGAAAGUAUGUUUCAGAGCGUCUUCGAAGAUAAAGAAGACGAAAUGAACAAUGUUGCUAAAGAGACAAAGAAGUUAGAAUCAGGUUUAAACAAACAAAGAACGGUCGUAGAUGAAGCCAUUAUGGAUUACCAGGACGCUGUCGCAGACUGGGAGAAGCAAGAAACGUUAAAAGCAGUCAUGGACAUCGCCUCUGGUCUCUUUUCUCUCGGUUUCGCCUUCGUGACUCCAUCAUCGUCCUUCACAGCACUCCAGUCACUUGGUAACGCAGUACAGAAAAUUCAAAAGAUGGCUAAAGUCUUUGAUGCUGUCAUUAACGUUUAUAAAAGCUUCAAAAAGCUGCCCAAAGAUCCCCAAAGAGUUGUCGAAGCCUUGAAAGACUUGGGACCCGAAGGUUUGGUGACGUUAUCCACACUUGAAUGGGAUGAGAUGCACGUUAACUUUAAAGCUGUUAUUUCCACUGGACCUGAUAUUUCAGCAAAGACAAAGCUUUCUGCUGCUUUUGAGAUCCUCGUCCUUCGUGGCAAAGCCUUGCUGGAAUCACAGAGUUCAAUUCAGAAAAUCGCAGCGGAUUUGUCUGCAGUUCAGCAAAGAAUAAAGCUUCAUCAAGAUCAGAAGAAGCGCCUGGACGAGUUGAAAAUCAAUCUGGAUGCGAAACCUCAGAAACUUGAUCUUGAAAAAAUUGAUUUGAUUGGUAUUUCGGGUCAGCUGUUGUUCUUUCAACGCCAGAUGCUGAUGAUAUUGGCCUCCACUGUCGUCAUACAAGACAGAGCUUUGCAAUACGAGUAUCUUCGUCAACCCACUCCGAUCGGAUCCUUCACGAUGAUGGGUUUACAGUUAGCUAUCUUCAGACAGUCUCAAAGCAUCAACCAGGGCCUAACGGUGCAACCACUUCCUCAGAAGCAGAAAGACCCGAUCAUCUACGAGAUUCAUGGUGUUCGACCAGAAACCAUCACAAACAACCGUCGCUUCGCUUUUAACAUCGAUAUCAACAAAUGCGAGUUUGUAUCAUUCAACUACGUGCGGGUGGAAAGCGUGAUGGUCGAGAUUGAUGGCAUCGUUUCCACCGAUAGUGGUAAGUAUUACACAGAACUUGUGUUUGAUGGUGAUCCAUUUUAUGAUCGAAGCUUCGACGGUGAAACGUUGACAUUUCAAACGACAUCGCGAAUUUUCACGGGGCUCUAAAAAGUCGACUCUUCAAUU